CAAAUAUCGACUAUGGAAGGACCCGCUUUUUGACUAAAUCCGCCAUCUUAGUAAGGGAAUGUUAAGUCUCUAUGACAGGGCUAACCGGAAGUUACAUUGCGUUUCCUCUCUGAGCGGACCGCUAUCGAGGUGGAUAACGGGGAUGGUAUUGUGAGAGGACUGAGGAUAACGAAGCUUUGGGCUAGUGGGCAGCAGCUUGGCUUGCCUUUGCAGGACUAUCUUCGGCCGUAAGGAUGUCGGCUAGCGCAGUAUAUGUGCUAGACCUGAAAGGGAAGGUCCUUAUUUGCCGGAAUUACCGCGGUGAUGUGGACAUGUCAGAAGUGGAGCACUUCAUGCCAAUUUUGAUGGAGAAAGAAGAAGAAGGAGCACUUUCACCAAUUCUGGCGCAUGGAGGUGUCCGGUUCAUGUGGAUUAAACACAACAAUCUAUACCUUGUUGCAACGUCUAAAAAGAAUGCCUGUGUAUCGUUGGUAUUCUCCUUUCUGUACAAAGUAGUCCAGGUAUUUUCUGAGUACUUUAAAGAGCUAGAAGAAGAAAGUAUCCGUGAUAAUUUUGUAAUUAUAUAUGAGUUAUUAGAUGAGCUAAUGGAUUUUGGCUAUCCUCAAACCACAGACAGCAAAAUCUUACAAGAGUAUAUUACUCAAGAAGGUCAUAAAUUAGAAACUGGAGCACCCCGUCCUCCUGCCACAGUAACAAAUGCUGUAUCUUGGAGAUCGGAAGGAAUUAAAUAUAGGAAGAAUGAAGUUUUCCUGGAUGUCAUAGAAUCUGUCAACCUUUUGGUGAGUGCAAAUGGAAACGUGUUACGCAGUGAGAUAGUAGGGUCAAUCAAAAUGCGAGUGUUUCUUUCAGGAAUGCCUGAGCUUCGUCUUGGAUUAAAUGAUAAGGUUCUCUUUGAAAAUACUGGACGUGGAAAGAGCAAGUCUGUAGAACUGGAGGAUGUCAAGUUCCACCAGUGUGUACGCCUGUCAAGAUUUGAAAAUGACAGGACAAUUUCCUUCAUUCCUCCAGAUGGGGAGUUUGAGCUCAUGUCUUACCGUUUGAACACACAUGUUAAGCCUCUAAUCUGGAUUGAAUCUGUAAUAGAAAAACAUUCCCACAGUCGUAUUGAAUACAUGAUAAAGGCCAAAAGUCAGUUCAAGCGCAGAUCUACUGCAAACAAUGUUGAGAUUCACAUUCCUGUGCCAAAUGAUGCCGAUUCUCCCAAGUUCAAGACCACAGUAGGAAGUGUCAAAUGGGUUCCAGAAAAUAGCGAAAUUGUGUGGUCUAUAAAGUCCUUCCCGGGCGGCAAGGAGUAUCUCAUGAGAGCUCACUUCGGUCUCCCAAGCGUGGAGGCAGAAGACAAAGAAGGAAAACCUCCAAUCAGUGUGAAGUUUGAGAUACCCUAUUUUACAACUUCUGGAAUUCAGGUUAGGUACUUGAAAAUCAUUGAAAAAAGUGGGUACCAGGCCUUACCAUGGGUGCGGUAUAUCACCCAGAAUGGAGAUUAUCAACUUCGAACUCAGUAAAAAGAUUUGGUCAAUGCAUAGCCAUAUAUAUAAAUAUAUAGUUUAAACUGUGAUUAUAUCGGGAUCUGAUUUAGUUCUGUGGAAUACUAAACCGCCAAAUGCAAAGGAUCUGGAUCCUGCCCAUGUCCGCAGAGCAUAUACAUUACAGAAAAAAAUGAAGCAUCUGGUAGCAGCAUCUGUUGGACUCGCGCUGCUUUCUGUAAAUGUGUUUGUUGUCUCUUGCGCCAUUCCCAGGCCCAGCCGGAAUUUAUUGCAGUGAUCCUACCAGAAAGACCUGUAAGACACAUCAAGUUCAUUAAAUGUUCUUUAUAUA